CAAGCUUCGUCCAUUUCCUCGUCCUCGUCGCAUCUAGGUGGUGGUCAAGCUGAGUAUCCGAGUUUUGUUCGCCAUCUUGUUUAGAGUUGCGUGGUGUUGCUAAACGCCGAUAUUCGUCUUAGUUUUUCGGAUUUGCUACGUUUUAAAACAAAUAUUAGUGUUACAUUUUAGAUUAUCAGUUCUUAAGUUACUCCGAUAAUGAGUGACGACGGGCAUCACGGAAAGAGAAGCAGUCCCAAUGGGAGCGUUUCGGAUCAUAGUGAGGAGAAGAAAGCUGUAUACAGGUCUCGGUCCAAUGAGGGUGGAAGCCCUCCUCGCUCCAGAUCUCCCAGUAUCCACAAGCCAAGCAGCCGAAGAGGCAAAGGCUAUUCAAGAUCCAGGAGUCGCUCCCGCUCUUACCAUAAGUCAUACAAGGCCAGUGGCAAGUACAGAUCACGGUCUAGGUCUAAGGAGCGCAAAUACAAGUCCCGCUACUCUCACUCACGGUCCCGCUCUCGUUCCCGUUCUGGCUCCUACAGUCCUCACAGCCGCCGUAGGGAACGCUCACACUCUCGCAGUCCCAUGUCCAAUCGGCGCAGGCAUAAUGGCAACCGGAAUGGGUACUACAGCGCUGAAGAGAGAAAGCACGCUUAUUAUCAAGAACAGCAAAAUCGAGAGAACCCACAGCCCAGCAGAUGUUUGGGAGUGUUUGGCCUCAGCAUUUACACUACUGAACAGCAACUACAUCACAUAUUCUCCAAAUACGGUCCUGUCGAGAGGGUGCAGGUCGUCAUUGAUGCCAAGUCUGGAAGAUCAAGGGGCUUCUGUUUUGUGUAUUUUGAGAGCCAUGAGGAUGCUAAGGUGGCCAAGGACCAGUGUACCGGCAUGGAGAUAGACGGCAGACGUAUCAGAGUGGAUUAUUCCAUCACACAAAGAGCACACACUCCGACACCUGGCAUUUACAUGGGCAAACCUACCUUCAUUGAUGAUAGAGGUUGGGGCAGACAGAGAGAUUAUGGCUAUGGAGACUACUAUGGCGGUGGUGGCUACAGAAACAGCUACAGAAGAUCUCCCUCUCCAUACUAUAGUAGGCGGAGGAGCCGCUACGAAAGAUCCAGAUCACGCUCCUACUCUCCUCGUCGUUAUUAGACGAAGCACCCCGGGCUUGCAUCUCUACAACAUUAUUUAGAUUUAAGUUUGAUACCGUUGUGGCAAAACCCAUUUCAUUAUUUUUAUUCAUUUCUCCUCAAUUACGCCUAGAUUGUUAGUUUCCUGUUAUUUUCCUGACUUUGUGAUAAUGUUAAUCCUCUGUUGUUUUAUUCCUUUUACUGUGUAACCUUAAAAACCGGGUUUUGUCACAAUUUGCUUGUAAAAUACAAUAAUAAAUUUAAUUGUAUGGAAAAUUACUUAUUUCGUGUUAUUGAUUGCUUUCAUAAGUUGAGUUAGUCCACAAUUACUACUAUCUCUGUAGGAGAAGAAACAAUAAGUACUGUAGUAGUUAAGGUUAUAAGAGGGAACUUUGUAUAUAUAGUAAGUAUUUCCUUGUCAAUGAUACAAUUGAUAGUUUUUGUUCACUGAUAUUUGUUUUUUUACAUAUAGCUGUAUGAUUUGUCAGUCACAAUGUUAUGUAUACAGUGUGUUGGAAUUGAAAACCAGGAUUUUUUCACAUGUAUUGUUUGUCAUAUUAACGUUCUCUUAAUAAAGUAUUUGUGAUGCCAAGGGGCCUAUAAUAAGGAACUAUUUGAUUAAAAUUUAAAUAACACUUCUAAUAUUUGUUGUUUGCUUGUUUAUAAGGUUUUGAAGAUAAGGGGUAGCUUAAAUUGAGGAAGAAAAGAAAAUUUUAAAAAGCGGUCAAGCUUAAGCGAAAAUAAUCUCUCCGCGUAAGAGAAGAUUUGAGCAAGCAACCAAAGAAGAAAGAAAACAACGAUCAAGGCACAAGAGCAUUGACGUUGAAGAUUCUUUGGGAUAAUCAGUUAGGUUGAAAAGCUGCGAAUUGCAAUUCACUGAGGUAGAUCGUUAAAAUAGAGUGUUAUUUUGCUUUUUACGUACCUGUUAAAUAACUGAUGUUUUUGUUAUUUUGCUAUAUCAGCAGUUGGCACAUCCACAAUGCAGUUAUUAAAUCAAGACGUUUUAUAACAGCUAAAAUAUCCAUAUACACCAAACUAGAGAAAGAUGGAAGUCCAAUUUCAGCUACAUGAAUUUUUUUAAGUUUUUGAUCCGUUCAGUCAUUUUGAUUUGUUAAGUUGGGACAUUAAAGAAGUUUCUUGUGAUUAUAGUUUUUGUUUACAAUUAUUACAGUUAUUGGUUAAUUAAUUUUUUAAUAAUAGACUUAAAGGUUAUUUAAAACAAAAUGUGGAUCAAACUCAUUUACAUAUCAUCAUAGCAAUGUGUUAUUAUUUUUAGGUGCAAGUAGCUGAUUUGAAAAAUGUUUUCAAAUUAAUAAUUGGUUAUAUAAUUGAUUGUCAAAAAUAUAUAUUUUGAUAUAUUCAUCAAAAUUUUAAAUAUUAUGUAAUGUAACUUGGUUCCUAAUAUAUAUAUUUGUAAACAAGUAUAAUUGGAUUUAAAAAGUAGGUACUUUUUAAGUAUUGCAUUUUACUGAAAAAAUGUGUAUAUGUCUAUGUAAAUCUUUUAAUUAUAAAUUUUAAUUUUAAAAACAAUUUGGACCUCCUUCCAGUUGCAUUUACUCUGGAAUCUUGAUUUUGUUAUUAUGUAACAAACAACUAACUGCUGGAUGGGUGGUUUUGACCAUGCUGGAAUUUCAAUUUCUUUUAGUACUGAGAAAUGUUUAUUUUUAGUCAAAUAAACACUAAUGUACUGUA